CACACACACACAAAGGGAAGAGGAAGGAGGCGGAGCAGUGCUGGUGUUGCUUUGCUCGGAGCAGCGCUGAUCGUGUUCACACUGACCGGCAGCAUGGCAGGAGAAAGCGAGGCCGAUCUGGAGCACCGUGAACCCGAGCACACACACACCAUCCGACAGCCUUUCCUCAUCGGGGUGGCGGGGGGCACUGCCAGCGGAAAGUCGUCCGUGUGUGGCAAGAUUAUGGAGCUUCUUGGCCAGAAUAAAAUUGACCAUCACCAAAGGCAGGUUGCCAUCCUGAGUCAGGACAGUUUCUACAGGGUGCUUACCCCAGAACAGAAAACCAAGGCUCUUAAAGGACAAUUCAUUGAUCACCCAGAUGCAUUUGAUAAUGAGUUAAUAGUUAAGACUCUGUGGGACAUCAUGGAGGGAAGAACAGUUCAGAUCCCAGUCUAUGACUUUGUAACCCAUUCCAGGAAGAAGGAAACAGUGACAGUGUACCCGGCUGACGUGGUGCUGUUCGAAGGCAUUCUCAUGUUCUACUCACAGGAAAUCCGGGAUCUCUUUCAGAUGAAGCUGUUUGUGGACACAGAUGCUGAUACACGACUCUCACGCAGAGUCUUGCGAGACAUCAGUGAGCGAGGACGGGACCUGGAGCAGGUCUUAAGUCAAUAUAUCACAUUUGUGAAGCCUGCUUUUGAAGAGUUCUGCCUGCCAACAAAAAAGUAUGCUGAUGUGAUCAUCCCAAGGGGAGCUGAUAAUCUAGUUGCCAUUAAUCUGAUAGUGCAGCACAUCCAGGACAUUCUGAACGGUGGCUUGACCAAACGACUGAACGGCUGUCUUAAUGGCCACACUACUCCUCGCAAGCGGCAGCCAUCAGAGUCAAGCAGCAGGCCACACUGAUAUGAUAUGCCCUACAAGGGAACCAGAGAAGAGGGACAAUGGACAUGGGACUUGAAGGAGAGUUGUGUGUAUAUACUGACAAUUUGCAAACUGUAUUUAAAACAAAAAAAAAAUCAAGAAAUGCCUUCUUUGACUUGCAAGUGUUAUUGUUUUGUCUUUUGUUUUUUGAAUGACUGCUGCACUUAUUUGUGAGAGGAAAAUGUUCCUUGCUGAAAACUAUUGGUCAAAGCUAUUUUUCUUGUCCUAUUAAUUUGUGCAUAUUUUAUUCAUCUGGCCCCAGAUUAUGAGUGUUUCUAAAAAUAAUCAGAUAGUACGGGUCACUUCAGAAUUUGCCAAAGGGACAUAGCUGGUAAAGACCUGCACUGAGUUUUAUGACUUGAAUAGAACAACAAAAAAAAUCAACAUAUUUUCAAGGUUCAAGUACAACUUCUGCCUCUUUGUAGUAAUAUUAUUGCCUCCAAAGCUUUUUCAGCCCCUUUCGCUGUAUGUUAGUGUUUAUUCCAAGAGCAACGUGACUUUAUUCUAAAGGAGGGAUGACUUUUCUUUAAUCCUUCAUUUUUGCUAACAUCCAUCUUCAUUAUAAGUAGGUCAGGGCUUGUAUUGUAUAUUGCACUGUAAAAUAAAGCUCAGUGGCAUGUUAUGAACAGUAUGUUAACAUGAUGGAGAUGCUUGCGUACAGACAAAGAAAAGUUUGGAUGUUCUCCAGGUCCUAUGCAGCAUGUCGAAAGACAGAUUCUCUUAACACAGCUUAAAGUAUAUGCAGAUUAAGUAAAGAAACCAAGAACUCGUAUGACUGUCUGUGCUCUACUGCAUUCAAUGUAGUGUUUUCACACCUUUCAAACAACGCUCAGAGGCAGAUGAUAAAUUGCAAAAAUACUGAUUUUAUUUAACAGAAUUUAUUUCUUUCAGAUAAUUAUUGAGUUCUUUUUACCGUCAGCUGCAAACAUAAAGCAAACAUUAUGAUGGCACUCCACUCAGUAUGUAUUUUUUUUAACCCAACAAAUUUUGCCACAGAAUCUAUUUUGUCAUUUUGCAGAAGGAAAUAGCAGCUUCAGUUUUCUCUCUAACUCAGGAUCCCAUGUUUAUGCACGGGAUUUAUGCAGGGACUUAUGCAUUGGACCAUUGACUUUCCUUCUUCAUUUCCUUUUAUAAGGGCUCAUCGAUUCUGAACCUCUUCUGAGAGUAUAAUCCUGUCCUGACUAUAACAGAUUUUGUAUCUCUAGUAUUUGUUUAAUAUUUAUUAUUUUUCAAAAUCGCAUUACUCUCAGAAAUGAAUCAAUAAUGUAGAUGUUCUUGCAUUGUCCUUUCUGUCCUGGCAUACACUUCUUCCACUUUUUUCCUGCUACACCUCUACACCUACACUGCUGCUACUGAUGCUAGGUAAUUACUAAAUUGGCUGAACAGUGUAAUGCAAGUGUAUUACCAAAUUGAAGUGGUUGUGUAAGCCAGUGAAUUUAUAUUUAAUUGUUAUUUUAGGAGGCUGCAGUUCAAUAAAAAACCGUGCCCUGCUCUCAGGGCCAAACAGAGAAUCAUUACUUUGUGGUGUUAAGGACUGUUUGGUCUGUCCCUAUUAAAUACAAGUUGUGUAAAUAACUCUGUUUUUCUGACACUGUUUAUGUUUCAUGUAUAAACUUUAAUGUUAUUACACAAAUCAGUAUGUUCUGAUAUUAAUCAUGAAUUACCAACUGCCUCCUGGUGGAUUGUGCUGCUUUUACUCACAAAUACUAAUGCAAAAAACACAUACCUUAAUAAUAUAUACCUGUGGUUGAGUCGGUGAAGUCUCUCAGACACCAGCUGUAGUAAAUUGCAAUAUGCCUUAUAACAGUUGCAUUUUCAAUUUCACCAAUUUGCGUUUUUAUUUUAAAUUAUGCAGACCAGAGAAUAAUUUUAUUUCAGUUUCACUAUGGGGGUGAUCAGUUUCUGUUGUAUAAUGUAACUCUUUAUUUGUUGUUUUUGGUCAAUGCAUUCAAUGACUUUUUUUUUUUUUUUUUUUUCAGAAUAUGUUAAAUAGUGUAUGUAUACGUGUUGAUAUCAUCAAACUGGAGAUGUAAUGAUUCAGAAAGUUAAGAAGCAGUGCAGGUUAAGAGUUAAGAGACAGUGUUUUGGGGAGGGAUUGUGAAUAUGUGGUCCUGCAGUAAGUAAAUGAGAAUGACUGAUAUUGAUAGAUAAAUGAACACUAUUAUAUUAAUAAUGAGAGACAGGAUGGGUCAUGUCUUUGCAUUUCUUUGUAAUCGUCUCAGUGUUUCACAAUGCAUUGUAGUUUAAAGAAAUGAAUAAACAGGUAAAAUGGACGAUUAAAUAAAAUUUUGUAUCAUA